GCCACAGUUCUCGCACAGUUAUCACAAAUAUGUACAUCUCACAAAUAGCCAACAGCCAAAGGCUGCUGGCUUUAGUCGUGUUAAUCCUUGCCUGCAUCGCUCAACGCGCUGGAAGUCAGGGCACCAAGUAUGGCCUGUGGACACCGGAUCGCGCGCACUCCGACACACAGCCCAUUCAGUGGACGGGCGGACAGUUUGAGUUCCCCUGCGCCAGCACCAAGUCGCUCUUCAAGAGCUCCGGCAAGUACAUAGCCAAGAAUGUGAUUGCCACGCGUGCCCAGCUAAUUGGCGACACCAUCUACUUGGCGUUGCCUCGUUAUCGUAAAGGCGUGCCCGCCACGCUGGUGAAGACCACCAUUCAACCGGGCACCUGCUCCACCACGUUCAAGCCUUAUCCCUGCUGGGAUCUGCAGGAGGAGGGCAACUGCAAAGCGCUGCAAUCGGUGGUUGAUCUUGUGGUGGAUCAAAAUGAAGUACUCUGGGUGCUGGAUACGGGCAUAGUCAACACGCUGGAGACGCCGGUGCGCAAGUGUGCACCUAAGGUGGUCGCAAUGUCCGUGAAGACGGGCAAAGUGCUGAAGACAGUCUCCCUCGAGGGUCUCACCUCGAGCAGCUCCCGGUUGCAGUAUCUUGUGGUGGACUAUGCACCCGAUGGCGGUUGCUUUAUCUAUGUGAGCGAUGCUGCGAAUCGUGCGAUUAUUGUCUACAAUCUGCAGGCGGAUCGUGGCUUCCGUGUCGUGCUGCCCAAGGCAGUCUCCGCCGGUUGUCGUUCCCGUGAUGUGCUCUACAUCGCUUUGAUACGUCGCGAUUGCGGUUCGACGGAACUUUACUUCACAUAUCUGAGCACCAGCAAACUGUUCUCGCUGAAGUCCGAGUAUCUGCGCAGCGGUGUGGCCGAUGGACGUAUUCUUGAUCUGGGCAAAAAACCCAGUCGCAUGGUCAUCAUUGGCACCGACAAUGGUUCGGCGAUAUUCUUCCGCAACGAGGGCGAUGCCGAGGUUUAUCGCUGGGACACCAACUCCACGUUUGCGGAGACGAACUUUAAGCCCGUCUACCGCAGUCAGACCUGCCAGCUGGUCACCCAUGCGGUGCCCGAUUACAAGCGGAAUACGAUGCGUGUGCUGCAGAGCAAUUUUCCCGAUUACAUGCAGAAUCGCAUCGGAUGCGGGGCCAUUCAGCAGCUCAACCAUAUGCAGGGUUGUUGGUAGACACACAGACACAGACACACACUCCAAUAUACAUUCUAACACACACCACAACACACCACA